GAACAAAGAGCAUAUCGUGAAUUAAUAACUGAUCCAGUUAUACACACACCUUACUCUCGUCGAGCUAUUAACCAUUCAGUGUUACCAGUUAUAAAAGAUGAAUUGUCAAUUACACUAAAAAUAAAGGUUUUAAGCCACGGUUCUAGUUUGCGAACGGUUUUUACUAAAGGGAGCAACUAUACGCCUUCAUUCAUAUUAAAACCGGUGAACUCAAAUCCAUGUAUAUGUUUCUCGAUUACUG